AUGUCAACACAAACCUACUUCCGCAUAACCCUAAUGCGCUCCGCCAUCGGCCUCCCUUACAAAUCUACCGGUGUUCUCAAAGCCCUCGGACUGCGGAAGCGAAUGGCAACAGUGUUUCAUCCAGUCACUCCAGCGGUGGCAGGCCAAAUCAUGAAGGAAGUGCAUAUGGAGAGGGUGCCGGAUCCGGGGUUCUAUAUUGAAAGGAGGCUUGGAGAGGAGAGGUGA